CAUCCGUCCGUCGUCCACCCGCCAUCGCGGCCUUUGUCACGUGCAUUGCGGAUGCGCUGGUAGAUGAAUGAGGAGUGCCAUCACUCUGCACGCGCGCCAUCAUAAUGGCGGACCACCAGCAGCUGCUCCCGACGUUGACGUGCAGGUGCAGCAACUGCGUCACCGAGCGCGCCGUCAUCUUCUGCAUCGCCGACGGCGCCAGGCUCUGCCUCGAGUGCGACGGCGCCGUGCACGGCGCCAGCGAGCUCGCGGGCCUCCACUCGCGCGCCCCGCUCUGCGACGGCUGCUGCGCCGCGCCCGCCGCGCUCCGCUACCAAUUCGGCGCCCACUGGGCCACGCUCUGCACCGGCUGCGCCGACGGCCGCGGCGGCGCCUCCCUCGUGGAGGUUUACACCGGCUGCCCCGCGCCCGCCGAGGUCCUCCGCACCCUCUCCGUCGACGCGCCGUCGUCGUCGUCGCAGGAGGACUUCGACGCCUGGCUCGCCGACAACCUCCCCCAAAUCCUACAGGAUGUUCAGGAUGGAUCUCAGAUCUGUGAUGCGAGUGGCACGACAACAAUAGUAGGAGAUCAAAGAGGCCCCAGCAGCAGUAGCUUCGUCUGUGAUGAUUGGAACAAUGGCUGCUCAACUACCUGUGCUCCACAAUGUUCUGUGCUUGAGAAUACCAAUGGAGUACUUGUUGGUCAUCACUUAGCUGGGCCUUCACUCACUUUUGAGCAACAGCAGCAGCUGCCACCGUCAAUCUGCCACAUCUCAUCAUCAUACUCAUCUUAUAACCCAUCGACAUUGUCGUGCCAGCCGGCCAUGGUUCUGCAAUCCAUGAGCAACGAUCAUCAUCCAUCGCUGCUCCUUGAUGGCUUCCCUACUUUCUGCCCUGCCUUGCCCCUAAUAUCGCCGCCACCACCACCGGAGAAUGGCACUGACUGUCAUGAUGCCAUCCAGCUAUCACAGAUGCUGGCCGCGGAUGAGCAAGGAGCGGUGGCUCAUCAUCAGCAAGAUCCGAGCACCGUUAGUAAGAAGAGAGAGGAACGGGACAGGGCCAAGCAAAGGUACAACGAGAAGAAGAAGAACAGGAAGUUCUGCAAGCAGAUCAUGUACGCGUCCCGAAAAGCAAGGGCGGACACACGAAAGCGAGUCAAGGGCAGAUUCGCCAAGGCUACCAAUGAACACCAACACAUACUACACCCAGAUGCAGCAUAAAUUCACGAUUGAUUAGAUCAGAUCGAUCCUUUUUCUUUCUUUUCCCUUUUUUGCAUAUUACAUUCCUUGUGCAUAUAGACAGUGCAUAUACACAAAAAUCAUGUCUCAACACAUUACAGUCAGUCAUGCCUAGGUAGACCACUGUUCUCCACAGCACACAAAUACAUACCUUUAGCCCCUUUCUCAGUUUUUUUGCCAUUUUUCUUUCCUUUUUUGAUAGUUUGGGGCUCAUUCCUUUUAGAGAUAGUUUUGGGAUGCAUUCUUUUUAGGGAGGUACUUCUGGUAACUGGUACCAAGAUGUAAUAAUUCAGCCAUUGUCUAUGUGUACAUACAUAAUAAUCUCUUAAGCCCGGAUAAAUAAAAUCAUGUAUUUUCAUGCA